CCCGAAUCGUCAUCCGCAUCUCCCUUUCGCCUCUCUCUCCCCUUUUCUCUCUUUUUUUUCCUUCCCAGUCCCUCUAUGCUUAUCGUCGGGAGGACGGUCAGCUAGGAAAAUUCACACAUUAUGAACUCUCUGGUGCAGUCGGCGAGGAGCAAUCCUCAGAAUGCUCUCGCGAGAGCUUCCGCGCGAGCGGUCCAAAUCCACGGCAGAACGCCCGCAUACCGCCGGUUACUUUCCACAGAACUCAAUGGCAACGCCGCGCUGGCCUUUUCACGACAUCCCUCCACAUUCCGACCUACCCCGUUGCGAUCGCAGUUCCUCCCUGAAGAUGUCCGCUCCAUCUCGAGCUCGAUGCAAUCGCGCUCUUUCCACCUGACGGCCCGACAGCUCCAGCAGCAGCAGCAGCAGACCGAAAAGCCCAAGACGCCUGAGGACGCCGCCAAGACCGCCGAGGAGACAAAGCCUAAGGACGCCGAGUCGGAGGCCAAAGAGGAGUCCUCUGAGAAGAAGGAGGGCGAGGAGAAGACCGAGGGCAAGGAGGAGGGCGAGCAGAAAGAAAAGAAGGAUGACCUGCCGCCGCCGCCCCCCCACGGUGACAAGACGCCUUGGGAGGUCUUCAGAGAGACGCUGCAGACCGAGUUUGGCAAGUCCAAGGAAUGGAACGAAUCGACAAAGGCCCUCUCUGGCGAAAUCCAGGAUUUUGCCGAGAGCGAGAGGGUUCGCAAGGCCCGCGAAGCCUACGAGAAGUCCUCCGGCGCCAUUUCGUCCGCUGCGACCACCGCCGUCAAGACCACCGCCGGGGCCAUUGGCAAGGGAGCUGCUUGGACCUGGGAUACCACCGCGAUGAAGGGCGUCCGUAAGGUCGCCAACGUUACGGGAGACGUCCUCGACAAGGCAACGAAGCCCAUCCGCGAGACCGAGGCGUACAAGAACGUCAAGGAUGUUAUUGAUGACGGCAGCAGCUCCCGCUAUGGCGGCUGGGUCGAGAAGGAGGAGCGCAGGAAGAAGCGCGAGGCUGAAGCGCUCAAGUCCGGCCAGCCCGAGAUUCUUGAAGAGGAUCCCAACGCCGGCACCAACGUUACGCUCCACAAGGAUGCCGCCUGGAAGGAGGCGUGGAGGGACUUCAAGGACUCAAACAAGUUCGCCCAGGGUUUCUUCAGCGCCGGCAAGGUGUACCGCGAAUCCGACAACCCCCUCAUCGAGACCGCACGACUGGUAACAGAUAAGAUCGGGGGCUGGUUCGCCGAGAACGAGACGGCGCAGGUCAUCAAGAAGUUCCGCACGAUGGACCCCAACUUCCAGACGGAGCCUUUCCUGAAGGAGCUCCGCGAGUACAUUCUGCCCGAAGUGCUCGACGCCUACGUCAAGGGCGACAUUGAGACGCUCAAGCUCUGGCUGUCCGAGGCCCAGUACUCUGUAUACGAGGCGCUGACGAAGCAGUACCUCACGGCGGGCCUCAAGUCGGACGGUAAGAUCCUCGACAUUCGCCACGUUGACAUUGUGCGCGCGCGAAUGCUCGACCCCGGUGAAAUCCCCGUCUUCGUCAUCACUUGCAGGACGCAGGAGGUUCACGUCUACCGCAACGCCAAGUCGGGCGAGCUGGCGGCUGGCAUGGAAGACAAGGUGCAGCUGGUGACGUACGCCAUCGGCAUCACGCGUGUGCCGGAGGACGUCAGCAACCCGGAGACAAGAGGAUGGCGUCUCAUUGAGAUGCAGAAGAGCGGAAAGGACUACUACUAAACACAACCACUACCAACAACUUACACAACCCCUACUUAUUUUUGAAGGAGUUCGAUGCUGCUAUUUUUUCUCCGGGAUCGCCAGGCAGGUCCGAGGAUGUUGGAUGAUGAACCAUAACCCCUCCCUUCGCCAACCCUUUUUUUCCAGCCAACAAAAAAGUGUUUUAUUACUUGUACCAAAAAAUAGAAUGGGGAAAGAGAUGAUGAGAGAGCAUAUGGGAUCGGGCGAAAUAUUAGGGGCGAAGCUACUGCGAAAGGCGAAGCGUGGCCGGCCGGAGGGGGAAACCAAACCAAACACCGCUCUUGAAGGCUAUAUAUGUAUGUGUACGUGUAGAAGGAAGAUGUCUGUCGUCCGUCUCUCACGCAGGAGAGGGAUGAUUUGCCAUACUUGCGAUGUAAUACCACGAGAAAUCUCAAAAAGGGUGUGCUCACCCCCGAAACUCUCCGCGUUUGUCCUCCUCUCUAUCCUUCUCUCCGUCCUCCUCUCC